AUGCAACGCCGUUUGGCCGUGAGGCAUUGUACGCAGCGAACACCGCAGCUGUCAUGCCGCCGGAUGCUUUCCUUUGCUUUUCCUUUGCGGCAGAGUCAACACGGCUUCGGCUGCUACACUGCGAGGGCCACGGCGCUGUGUAGCAUGAGGCGGUGGGUGGCGACGACGGGGGCGUCCACCGCGGCACCCGCCUCCAUGCCGGUGGCGCCGCCGCACAUGUCGUUGGAGACGCCUGUGGAUACUGCAGUCGGCCCGGAGGGUGCCCUCCCUGUGACGUACACGCCAGGGUCCGGCCCAAGCGGGGCUCUUGCAGCCCCCACGACAGCCAUUACAGCUCGCUGCGAUGUGUUGUCGGAGUGUCUCGCCAAGGCCGAUGAGUUGGCGAUGCAGCUGAAGGCGCAGGAUGCGCUGGGGGCAAGCGCAGAGAUUCUUACGCAGGAGGGGAUGGAGGAAUUUGUGGAUGAGCUGAAGACAUCUGCGACGAGUCAAAUAACGGCGCUUGUGGAGCAAAUGCAAAAAACACCGCUGCUGCAGCAGGCCGGUAUGCAUGAGCUGCGGCGUACACUUUACUACACCACCUCGUUAAAGGAACGAGACUGGUUGGAGGAACCAAAAUACAUUGCAGCGAUGCGUAUGUUGACUGUGGAACUCUUGCGACGCGAUAAGGAUGGCGUGCUCUCCGCGGACGAUGUGUUGUACGUCUCAACGCAUAUUGUCUCAUCCAACUUCUACAACCGUCACUUAUGGAACCGCAUGGAAAAAGCCAUGCUUAAAUUUAGCAACUACGAAAACAUUGACAUGGCCUCUAUCAAGGCCUUUUCAACGAAGCUUUUUAAAACCCGACGCGGCUGCGCAAAAGAGACGCUAGACAUUCGUCGAAAGAUUUUACUGGCCAUGUCGCACCGUGUUGGGGUGCUUGCCAACGACUUUGAUCUUCCUUCAUUGCUGGGCAUCUUGCAGUGUUACACCGUGCAUGAUUUAACGCCGUUUCACCUAGAACCCCUCGCGAUACGUGCGACCAACCACGUCAGUGACUUCACCCCGCACGAGUGUGCGACGCUGUCACACGUGCUGCGUAAGUGGCGCAACAUGCGACUAGAGGUGUGCGAACGGCUGGUGGAGCGCAUCUGCACUGCCGACCAGCUCACGCAUCACAUGGCCAACGCCGCGAUGAUAAGCAUUCGCAACUGCUACAACAAGGUGAGCGAUGGUGGGCGCAAUGCCAUGAACGCCGAGCCCACGCGGCAAAAGCUGCGGGCCAUGGGCGAACAAGUGGGCUGCCGCCUGGAUGAGGUGGAGUACCCCGCACUGCCCGUCAUCCUUCGUAUUCUUGACGUCAUUGUCACGCUAAAAAUCUAUGUCCCCAAGAAGAGUCUGCAGACAAUUUUUUCGCAGGCUAACGACAUGCUCGCUGUGGUGAUGGAGCAGAAGGACGAUUUGGUCGACCCAAAGACGGGUAAGCGCGUGCGCCCCAUCACAGCCGAGGAGGGACGACAACUGCAAGCCCUGCUCUCACACUACGGCAACGACCUUGCACCGGAGCUGGCGCAGCGGCUUAGGGAGGCAUUUCGAGAAGGCAUGCUUCCGGAUGAAGCGUCACUAUAG